AAACAAUCAAACAACGGCGCCUGUACCAUCGUCCCCAGUUUGGACAAGUAGCAAUCAACUUUCGACAUUAGACAAACAAAUAUCAGAUGAUCAUACACAAUCAGAGUCACCUAUAAUUCAAAAUAGCGUUUUAGUAAUGAAUCCCAGAACAUCAGCAUCUCUGAAGGGAUCAAAACGGAUUAAAAUUAUACAACCGUCAAAAUUUCUGAGUGUAACAGUACCACCAAUGAUUAAACUGAAAACAUUGAAUCGGGAAGCAGAAGAAUUAACAAAAGGUGUUCUAUCCGUAUCAGCGCCACAACAAUCGAAAGCAGUGGCUGAAUAUGCAACCGAACUGGUUUAUUUCAAAAACGGACAAAUCGGUAAUUUAAAAGUAACUGAUUAUUUGGCAGACAGUCCUCCCUUGAAUACGGAUGGUCAGUGUCAGAUUAAUGUUAUUCCAGAUCUUGCUGACAUAUUUUUAUUUUCUGAGCUUUAG